UCCGCGCCGUGUUUGAUAACGAUGCGGCAUUUGUAAUUCUCCUUUUUAACAAUACUUUUUGAAGUCACAUUCCGUCGAUUAAUAAUAUUUAUUGAAUAUCAUUCGACCGUUGUCCGUCUUGGAUUCUCGAUCGAAUCCUCUGUUCCACGUCCGUCGCUGUGUGACUCGUAACAGUUCGCUCCGCAGUCCAGUCACUCCCGAAGCAUCUUGGUUUUCGUGUGACUCGACGUCAUGUUUGUUCGCAAACUCAGUCCGAUGGGAUUCACUGCUGUUCUCAAGCGGCAAAAACUAUUGUCAAGACCUAUUAAUACAUCAAUUGCAUUAGCAAGGUUUAAAAGUAAUAGGCCAUUUAACACUGGAAUCCUAUUUGUUCCACAGCAAGAGGCAUGGAUUGUUGAACGGAUGGGUAAAUUUAAACGAAUUUUAGAACCCGGUUUAAACUUUUUGAUACCUUUCUUAGAUCGUAUUGGUUAUGUACAAAGUUUAAAGGAAUUAGCUGUUGAUAUUCCUAAACAAAGUGCUGUAACAUUAGAUAAUGUAACUCUAAAUAUUGAUGGUGUUCUAUAUUUGAGAGUCAAUGAUCCUUACUUAGCUAGCUAUGGAGUUGAAGAUCCAGAGUUUGCAAUAACUCAACUGGCUCAGACUACUAUGAGAUCAGAAUUAGGAAAAAUAUCUUUAGACAAAGUUUUUAGAGAACGAGAAAAUUUAAACUAUGCAAUUGUUGAAAGCCUUAAUAAAGCAAGUGCAUCAUGGGGACUAGUAUGCUUCCGAUAUGAAAUUCGUGAUAUAAAACUUCCUAAUAGAGUACAAGAAGCGAUGCAAAUGCAAGUAGAAGCAGAACGAAAAAAACGUGCUGCUAUUCUAGAUUCAGAAGGUAUCCGUGAAGCUGAAAUAAAUGUAGCUGAGGGUAAAAGACAAUCUACAAUUUUAGCUUCUGAGGCUGAUCAACAGGAGCAAAUUAAUAAAGCUCAAGGAGAAGCCAAUGCUUUACUAGCUGUUGCUGAAGCUAAAGCCAAAGGUAUACGAUUAAUAGCAGAUGCUCUUAAGCAAACAGAUGGAUACAAUGCUGCAUCUCUUAAAAUAGCCGAAUCGUAUGUUGAAGCUUUUGGAAAACUAGCUAAAUCUACAAAUACUGUUAUUAUUCCUAGUAAUACUUCAGAUGUAUCUUCAAUGGUAACGCAGGCAAUGUCCAUUUACAAGUCAUUAACUAAUAAAUCAAAACAGUCAAGAAGAACAAGUGAAGAAGAGAAAUAAUCUAUAGUCAGUAAACUGAAAUAUAUUUUAUUUUAUACAUGGAAAUGGAUGGAACGUUAGUUACUAAAAACGUUUAUUGAAUACCUCAUGUAAUAUUCUAUACAUUAUAUUUAAAAAAAAAAUGAAUGUAUAAACAUUUUCAAA